UGGAAGGGGAGGGAGGGGAGGGAGCAGCGGUUUCCCGGGAGCCGUUCCCGGAGCGACGGGAGAAGGGAGCAUGGGAUGGCUCAGCCGCCUCCUGAGCCAGCUCUCCUGGAAGGGAUGCUCCUCUCCUAACGCCCCGGGCGUCCCGAGGAUGAGCGCCGUUCCCGAGCCCCUGGCCCGGCCCCGCAGCAGCUCCUCCCGCAGCCUCUCCGGGACCCUGGAGGCCAUGGGGACCCCGGAGGCGGAUCGGGACCAGCGGGAUUGGGAUCACCGGGAGGACUGGGAUCCGGACGAGACGCAGAUCCUCAAGGUUUGCUUCUACAGCAACAGCUUCAACCUGGGCCAGAACUUCAAGCUGGUCAAGUGCUCCAUGGCCACGGAGAUACGGGAGGUGAUCCGCUCCAUCCUGGUGAGCGGGCGGAUCGGGCCGGACAUCCGGCUGUCCCAGUGCUACGGGCUGCGCCUCAAGCACGUCAAAUCCAACGAGAUCCACUGGCUCCACCCGCACCUGACCGUGGGAGAGGUGCACAAGAAGUACGAGCGCCUCCACCUGCAAGCCGAGUGGAGGUACGACCUGCAGAUCCGCUACCUGCCGGAGGAUUUCAUGGAGAGUUUCCAGGAGGACAGGACCACGCUGCUCUACUUCUACCAGCAGCUCCGCAGCGAGUACAUGCAGAGCUACGCCAGCAAGGUCAGCGAGGGCAUGGCGCUGCAGCUGGGCUGCCUCGAGCUCAGGAGGUUCUACAAGGACAUGCCCCAGAACGCGCUGGACAAGAAAUCCAACUUCGAGUUGCUGGAGAAGGAGGUGGGGCUGGACCUGUUCUUCCCCAGCCAGAUGCAGGAGAACCUGAAGCCGCGGCAGCUGCGGAAGAUGAUCCAGCAGACGUUCCAGCAGUACGCGCUGCUGCGGGAGGAGGAGUGCAUCCUGAAAUUCCUGCACACCCUGGCCUCCUUCGCCCCCAUCGACCAGGAGAGCUUCCGCUGCCAGCUCGCUCAAGGAUGGAACAUCACCGUGGACCUGGUCAUCGGCCCCAAGGGCAUCCGCCAGGUGACCAGCAAGGACACCAAGCCCACCUGCCUGGCGGAAUUCCGGGAUAUCAAAUCCAUCCGGUGCUCCGCAGCGGAGGACGGCCAGGCUCUGCUGCAGCUGGGGCUCAGCGGGACGCCCCAGUCGCUGGCCAUCAAGACGCCGUCGCUGGCCGAGGCGGAGAACAUGGCCGACCUCAUCGACGGAUACUGCCGGCUGCAGGGCGGCUCCGAGGCCUCGCUGAUCGCCUUCCCCGGGAAAGAUCGCGAGAAGAGGAUCAGCCUCCCGCAGAUCCCGGCCCCGAAUCUCGGGGAGAGGCAUUCCACGCUUUCCCACAGCGUCAGCGGCGAUUCCGAAAUUUACGCGGAAAUCCUGGAUGAAUCCUCAAGGCCGAGAUCCGGAAUCCAGCACUUCGGAAUCUCCCGGGACGACGUCACGCUGGGCCGGAUCCUCGGCGAAGGGUUCUUCGGAGAGGUCUACGAGGGAAUCUACACCACGCCGAACGGGGAGCGCAUCAACGUGGCCGUGAAGACCUGCAAGAAGGACUGCAGCCCGGAAAACCGGGAGAAAUUCCUGAGCGAAGCCGUGCUGAUGAAGAAGCUGGACCACCCCCACAUCGUGAAGCUCAUCGGCAUCGCCGAGGAGGAGCCCACCUGGAUCAUCAUGGAGCUUUAUCCCUACGGAGAGCUGGGCCAGUACCUGGAGCAGAACCGGCUGGUCCUGGCCGUGCCCACCCUGGUGCUGUACGCGCUGCAGGUCAGCAAGGCCCUGGCCUACCUGGAGGCCAUCAACUGCGUCCACAGGGACAUCGCCGUCAGGAACAUCCUGGUGGCCUCCCCGGAAUGCGUCAAGCUGGGAGACUUCGGCCUCUCCCGCUACAUCGAGGACGAGGAAUACUACAAAGCUUCCGUCACCCGCCUGCCCAUCAAGUGGAUGUCGCCGGAAUCCAUCAACUUCCGGCGCUUCACCACGGCCAGCGACGUCUGGAUGUUCGCCGUGUGCAUGUGGGAGAUCCUGAGCUACGGGAAGCAGCCGUUCUUCUGGCUGGAAAACAAGGACGUGAUCGGAGUCCUGGAAAGGGGGGAUCGGCUUCCCAAGCCCGACCUGUGCCCGCCCGUGCUCUACACGCUCAUGACGCGCUGCUGGGACUACGAUCCCGGGGAGAGGCCCAGAUUCCAGGAGCUGGUCUGCAGCCUGAGUGACAUUUACCUGAUGGAGAAGGAGCUGGCCAAGGAGCAGGAGAAGAACAACCGGCACCGCCCUCCCAAAAUCCUGGAGCCGACGGCAUUCCAGGAGCCGCCUCCCAAGCCCAGCAGGCCCAUGUACAAGCCGCCAUCCCAGAAUAACCUCCUGGCUCCCAAGCUGCAAUUCCAGGUUCCGGAGGGGCUCUGUGCCAGCUCUCCCACCCUCGCCAGUCCCGCCGAGUACCAGACUCCGGCAAAUUCCCGGCGCACUCCGCCUCCCAGCCGGCACAACGUCUUCAAGCGCCACAGCAUGAGGGAUCCCAAGGUGUUCCUGAACAACAACAUUCCCCCGCUUCUCCCGGAGAAGGAGACGGAUUACAUUCCCCUCUCCCAGGUCGCCCCAAGCCCCAUCCCGCCUUCCACCAGGGGAAGACGUCGAUCUUCCCCCGCUUUUCCCGGGAUUUCUGAUCCCAUUGUCGCGGUUUCCCCUCAGUCCAUCCAGCCGGCGCCCACGGCCAACCUGGACCGCACGGACGAUCCGGUCUACGGGAAUGUCAUGGAUCUGGUGCGGGCCGUGCUGCAGCUGAAGAACCAGAUCAGCCAGGUGCCCCCCGAGGGAUACAUCCUGGUGGUCAAGAACAUUGGCCUUUCCCUACGGAAGCUCAUCGGGAGCGUCGACGACAUCCUUCCCAACCUUCCGUCCUCUUCCCGCACCGAGAUCGAGGGCACCCAGAAGCUCCUCAACAAGGACCUGGCCAACCUCAUCAGCAAGAUGCGCCUGGCGCAGCAGAAUUCCGGCACUUCCCUGAGCGCGGAAUUCCAGCGGCAGAUGCUGACGGCCUCCCACGCCCUGGCCGUGGACGCCAAGAACCUUCUGGACGCCGUGGACCAGGCCAAGCUCCAGGCCGAGCUGGUCAAGCCGUGCUCGGAAUGAGGCGGAAAACUCCGGAUCCGGGAGGAGUCGGCUUGGCGCGGCGUCUCCCGUGGUUUUUUCCCGCUCUCCCUCUUCCCGCUCCUCCUGCAGCCGCCUCGUGUCUGUCAGUGUCGCGUCGCUCUUCGGAAGACGGGAGGCAUCCGGUGGGGUUUUCCUUGGAAAAAAAAAAAUGGGGGUUUGGGGUUUUUUUUCCUUGGAAAAAAAGGGGGGUUUUGGUGGGGGGGAGGAUCCGGCGGGAUCCAUCUCGGCGCAUCCAUGGAUCCAUGCUCUGAGCGCGGAUGGCCGCGGGCGGCACGGCGGGACGGGGACCUGGAGCGUGCCGGGAGCCGAGGGCGCACGGAUUUUGGGGGGAGCCGGAAUUCCCGCCGGCGUUUUCCCCUUGGACGUUGUACAGAAGAGUUUAUUUAACGACGGCGAGCGGGAGCCGCUUCCGGAGCCUUCGGAAUUGGGGGAGGGAUGGGCCCCCCCACGGAUGGCGGCCUUGGGAAGGGACACGAACCUGGAGAACGUUGCCUCUCCCAGCUGCGUUAUUCCCAAGUUUUGUGUGAGCGCCGCCGGCAAAACCGCGCGGCUCCGGCGGGGUUUGUGCUUCCGGUUGGGAACCGGGCGAUUCGGGCUUUUCCCCAGCGUUUUCCCCGCAGUUUUCCCAAAUUUUAUUUUUUUUUUUCCCCCCGGCUUGGAUAAACUGUGCGCCAAAUCCUG